GGAAAUCAAAAGGGCUGCGCUUGCACCGACAUCAUCACAGAAGAAAAAGAAGAAGAAUAUUUAUUUUCUAAAAAAAAAAGGCAAGAUGACUGACAUUCAGCUCAAGUCUCUGCUGAAAGGAGUCGAGGCGGAGCGUGGCGCCAUCGUGACCUGCCGUGAUCCGUCCGCUCUCGAGAUGAUCCUCCGCGUUGGCAGCAGCGACGCGCAUCAAGGCAGCAUCUCCGUCAUGUUCCAGAGAGGCAGCACUCGUACUAGCAGCUGCACGACCGCUGCGGGAGGGCAGAUGUUGUUUGUAAAUGCAAGCUACGCCAGCGCAUUGGAGGACGAGGUGCAGUCCUGGUUAGAUCCCUUCAAGACGGCCACGUCGGCAACUUCGCCUACGACGGCGAACAAGGAGCGUAAGCGCGUGCGCGGCGACAGCGGCAGCGAUGCGUCGUCGUUGGAAAGUGACUCGAGUUCCGAUUGAAGUGCAGGUGAGAAUAAAAUGCAAAUGGGUUUUUUUCUGUUUUCUGCUCUUGAGUUAUUACUAUUGCUAUUGUUGUUUUUCUUAGCUUGAAGCUCGUACUCGUCUUCGCUCGUCACUUUCCUUCUGCUCCUUUCUCUUUCUUUUUUUUUUCUUGUUUCCGGUCUUACGUGCGUCUGCUUGCGCGUCUCUUUUAUAUCACGGCUGUUGCAUCAAGUUGACGGAGAAGGAAAAGAAGGAAUAAUUAGAAGGCAAAAAUGGUGUCAACGCAAGAGCAACAACAGUGUGAAGGUCAGCGUUUCCCUGUACGAAUAUAUAUAUAUAUGCGUCUGCCGCACAGAUUGACUGUUGCAAAAAUGUCUUUCAGGUCUGGGUUUUGGGCAUAAGGCCCUCCCCGCACCCUCUCACUGCCGCUUCAUCUCCCGACAACAAUCUUUCUCUCUCUCUCUCCCUCUCUCGCGUAUCCCUAGUUUCUAUUCCGCAUACACGUCGAAACUUCUCAUACACGUAUCGGAACUAUUUCUUUCUUUAUUAUUACUAUUAUCCAGUGGUUUUACUUUUUCUUGCUGCUCUGUCUUCUCGUGUGCAUAUUUCUGUGUCUUUGCUUCCCCGUCUCUUGUGGGCCACCUCCGCCACCUUCGAUCACUCUUUCUUUCUUCUUUGUUUCGCGUGUUGGUGUUGGUUUUAUUCGGCAGUAUCGCCUCCCAUAGAUCGUUCGCUACUGCAAAGGAAGGACCUUCUCUGCGGCCGCCCCCGAGGUCGACAUGUACCUACUCGUGGACGGUGACUAUUUCCUCAGCGGCUUCGCGCCGUCCUCCGAGGAGGAGGUGAGGCGGGCCGUGGAGCGCCUGCUCUCCGCCAUCGAUGAGCAGCUCCUGCGUUCCGCCAGCGGUGGCAGCCCCGCCGCCGUCAUCGACCUCCGCCUCAUUUUCUUCUCCUCGGCACUGCUCGACGGUCUCGCAGCGGAGGCGCGGUCGUGCGUGAUAUCGUCGCUGCGCCGCUUGCGCUUUCAGGCAAUCGUCCUCGAGAGCGUCCGCGGUCGCGCCGGCACGCCGGUGGACGCCGCGCUGUGCUCGAAGGUUAUUCAGCUCGGCCUGCUGCCCUCCGUCGGUGCCGCCGCCGGCGCUGCAGCGCACGCAUUUUGCCUCGUCACGCACAACGCGUACGUCGCCACCGCCCUCGACCUCCUCGUGUCACGCGAGGGCGGGGAGGUGGUGUUUGUGGUGUACGCCGGUGACGAGCUCGCGGAGCCGCUGCUCGGCUUUGCGUCGGCGCGCUACGGAGCCAACGGUGGCGUGGCGACGAUGGCGAAGCAGGACGGCGUUUCGUUACACCAGACACGCAGUCCGCCAUCGCGGCUCUCGCGCUUGUACAGCAGCAGCAGCGCGGCAGCCUGCCGCUGUCGACGCUGACGGAGCUGAAGGCGCUGCAAACGAAGCUGCAAGCAGAAAACGCACACAGUACCACCGGUGCGACGGUGAUGAUGCCGUCCAUUCGACAGCCGGCGGCGGCUGCAGCGACGUCGCCACUGAAUCGUCCGCCGUCGGUGGAUGGCGCUCCUGCACUGCCCGGAGUGGAGGACUUAUUCGGCAGCCACAACACGCCGCCACAGGCGCAGCAGUCGCCCACCGCACCGCUGGCCUCGUCCUCAUCUGAUGACGCAGAUCCACAUCACGACGGCGGAAGCAGCUGUGAAGGGGAUCUGGGGAAGGCCCAUAGCGCCAUUCAGCCCCCACCGGAAGUGCCUUCCACAGUUAUGCCGAAGGUCCACACCAACGUCCAGCCGUCGCAGCAGCAGCAGCAGCAGACACCAGCAGCGGUGCCCUCCUUCUUCGCCGUGGGCCCCCCGCGCGUCGUCACAACGGCGACGUCGCCUGCCGCUGUUUCCAAACUCGCCACUGCCCCCACCGCGCUGCCGCCUCCGCUGCUGGUGCCGGUUGUCGCCGCCGCGGCGGUCGUGACCGGUGAGCCGGAGGUAUCCACCAUGCUGCCGAUCGAAUGGGCGCUGUUGUACGACCCGGCGCGUCAGCGUCACUACUACGCCUACACCGAUUCGGCCGGUCGGUCCCGCUCCACCUGGCUGCACCCCCUCGGAGAGGAGAAGCAGCGAGAGUUGGAGGAGAAGGUGCAGGCGUGGCGCCUGGCUCGCGUUGCCGCUGCGUUGUCGCCGCCUCAGCCUGCUCCACCGCAGCAGCAACCGCCACCAUCACAAUCACAGCUACCUGCGGUCGCGCUGCCGCAAGAGUGGGAACAACGCGUGGAUCAACGCACGGGACGGACCUUUUACGUAAACCACAUCACCAAGACGACCACGUGGACGAUGCCGACGGCGGUGCCUCCCCCCGCCUUCGCCGCCUCUACCAACUCUGCGCCAAAUGAGGAGUGGGAGGCCCGCGUGGACCCUGCGAGUGGGCGGACGUUUUACGUCAACCAUCGAACAAAGCAAACGAGCUGGACUCGGCCGGCACCCGUGUCACUGCCAGUGCCAGUGCCAGUGCCAGUGUCAUCGGCGUCGCCAACGCAGCCGACGCCGCUGCCGCCCAAUUGGGAGGCGCGUGUGGACCCCAGCUCGGGACGCACCUACUACGUCAACCACGCCACCAAGUCCACCACGUGGGAGCGUCCAUCGCACUAA